AUUAAGUCAGUCGCCAGUUCUGAUCGCUUUUCGUUUGACGUUCACGUAGAAAGUACCUAGUGAAAUGGAAGUUUUGAUAUUUUUUUUGUGGUUUUUAAUAUUAUUUAUUCCGACCAUUUAUCUAUACUUUCAAAAGAAGUAUUCAUAUUGGAAAGAUCGGGGAGUGCCGUACAUAGAACCGAAAAUACCUUAUGGAAGCUUGCAUGCUUCCAAGAGUACACGAGACACUAUCAAUAUGUUCUACAAAACCAAAAGUGAUUUCCCUUUUGUCGGUAUAUACGUCCUAACAACUUCAGCGGUUGUAGCCACUGAUUUGGAUUUCAUUAAGGAUGUCCUCAUUCGUGAUUUCAACUAUUUCACUGAUCAUGGGGUAUAUACCAAUGAGAGAGACGACCCUCUCUCCGCAAACUUAUUCAAUUUAGAUGGUCAGCGAUGGCGCAACUUGCGUGCAAAACUUUCUCCAACAUUCACUUCAGGACGAAUGAGAUUUAUGUUCCCGACAGUGCUUGAAGUUGCUGAUAGGUUUAAUAAAGUCCUUGGUGAGCUUCUGGAAACACAGAAAACCCAUGAAGUGAAGGAUCUUCUAGCACGUUUCACUACCGAUGUCAUUGGAACCUGUGCUUUUGGAAUUGAAUGCAAUAGCUUAAAGGACCCCAAUGCUGAAUUUCGGAAGUACGGACGAAAACAUAUAGAGGAACCGAGUCACGGUACAUUUGUGAACCGUUUAAUGAAUGUGUUUCCAAGAUUAUGUAAAAUGUUACACCUCAGCCGAACGCACCACGACGUUACUACGUUUUUCAUGGGUAUUGUUCGAGAGACGGUAGCUUACCGCGAAAAAAAUAAUAUUCGCCGAAAUGAUUUUAUGGAUCUUUUGAUCCAGUUAAAGAAUAAUGCAUCGAUCGAUGGGGAUGAAGACGAGAGUACUGAUUCGAAAAUAAUUGGAAAACUAACUUUUGAGGAGCUGGCAGCUCAAGCUUUUGUGUUUUUCUUGGGCGGAUUUGAAACUUCGUCGUCAACGUUGACAUUCACUCUCUAUGAACUAGCUGUGAACCAGGACAUUCAGAACAAGUGUCGAUCAGAAAUUAAUCUUGUAUUGGAGAAAUAUAAUGGGAAUCUAACAUAUGAAGCUAUGAACGAAAUGCACUAUGUGGAACAAAUAGUGUUGGCCAGCAUACCGGGCUACUGGAAAACCUUCCUCAUCAACAUCAACGGCGCAACAACCGGUAUCCGGUCUAGUCCUGCCUUAAUAAAGAAAAACCUUCCUGGUAUAGAAAAAUCAUCAUCUACCUCCUCUUCUCCUUCCCCUCUCGUCACGCCUUAGAAUAGGAUUUAUGUAGUAAACUACAGAACUUCAAUGGAGAGCGAGAAUCUACUGCGAUAACUCAUACAGCUUUGCCAGAGAUGACAUGAGGUAAAACGACACAAACCUCGGGAUCUCUAAGCCUUUUAUUUUAAAUACAUUUUAAAAAAAGAAAGGCUACAUUAAAAACGUCAAACUGUU